AUGCAAUCACCGUCCACAACCACCGCCGCCACCUACACCACCAUCCCCAUCUCCGGCAGUGACGUCAUCUCCCGAUCAAUCCAAAACCUCUCCACCUCCCUCUCCCGCCACCGCCCAUGGCCUGAAUUCCUCUCCGCCGCCGCACUCGACGCCCCCGCCUCCAUCUCCGCCGCCCUCACCCGCCUCCGUCAAAACGCCAAGUACUUCACCACCAACUACGCCAUCCUCGUCUCCAUCUGCUCCGCCGCCUCCCUAAUCGGCUCCCUCGUGGCUCUGAUCCUCUACGCCGCUGUCUUUGGCCUCUGGCUGGUCCUCUACUUCUACCGCGAGGAUCCGAUGGCCGCCUGGGGCCGCCACGUGGACGAUCGGGUUGUGAUCUUGGGCCUGGUUUUGGUGUCCUUCGCGGUGUUGUGGAUCGUCGGAAAGGUCAAUGUUUUGUUGAUUGGCGUGGCGGUCGGGCUUUUAAUCUGCGCCGCACACGCCGUGGUGAGGAAUCCGCAGGGGCUUUUCCUCGAUGAGGACGACGCCGUUUCGAGCGGGCUGAUUGGGCCGCCGCUGCCGGCACCGCUGGCUUCAAGCUCUCGCACGAAGGAUUUCGCCAACUAGUAUCCGAUUUGUUCUCGUUUUAGGGCUAUUUUUUUGACUCGUGAUUUCCUAAAUUAAAAUUUGAUUGGAAAAAACUGAUUGUUUGGUCUCAGACUCUCAGGGCGUGUGAUUUUGUAAUUUCUGUGUAGUGUUGUUUGUUUUUGUUGUUUGUGAAUCAAGAGCUGUUUCUGUUCA